GUUUUAACUAGUGAGUUAUUUCUACUUUCUAGAGAAUUAGCCAGGGUCAGAUUUCACAAAUUCACUUUCCCCAGUCUGGGUUCCAAGAGAGAUGGGUUGAUAAAUGAGAUCAUGCAGGCAGUAUUGAUGAUUCUGAACAGAAAAAUGGUGACUGAUGAGCUCAGAGGGCCUGGGAAUGGUAGUUUGUCCUCCCCUUAGGAAGGGAUCCCAGUGCGCAAGUAUAGUUUUGUCAUAACAAAGACCGCUACCAUGGUCUAUGCACGUAGUUCUCAAAUUGUGACAUUUGGACGAGCAAUAUCAAGUAUCACUUGGGAACUUGUUAGGAUUGCAAAUUCUCAAGCCCAACCCUCAACCCCUACUAAAUUCCAAACUCUAGGAGUGAGGCCCUGCAAACUGUUUUAAUAAGCCCUCCAGGGGAUUCUGAUGCACACAAAGUUUCCUUCCUAGACUUUGUUACUCAUUAUGAUAGCUUGGCAGAAAUUUUAUAAAAUAUGAGGAACUUAAAGAUACUGAUUCCCAGGUCACACUCUAUCCAAUUAAAUAAAAGUGUUUGAGAGAUGUGAGCCAGGCAUCAGUAUAUUUUAAAGACCUGCAGGCAAUUCCAGUGUCUAAAACGUUUAGGAAAUUCUUGUCCAUAUUAUUUUCUGUGUUUAGGUUUAGGGAGCCCAGCCACGUUCCUGAGUCUUAGAAAGAAGUUCUAGGUUAAAUGGUGUAACCACUUCUUGGCUGGGAAGGUGGGAAUGGAGGGAAAUGGAUCUGCUCAGGAUAGGCCUAGACAAUCCAUUCUCGGGUCCAGAUCAGCCUCCCUGGGGCAGGGGACUAACUGGAAACCCUCCUGCUAAAGAAUCUGGAUAUGUGCUUCCAUGCAAGAGAGUCUCUGCUCUGUCUGACCUUGUGCAACUGAUUUUCCUGUGGCUUUGAGGACAUCUAUUUGUCUAAACUACCUCCUACCUCUUCUAACUUGUCUGUGUGUCGUUGGUGGGAGAGGGUUGUAGGAAGGGAGAAGUAGUGUGACUUUUUAAAAUUUGGGAGCUCUGAGGCAAUUUUGUUCUUAUGGCUUCAUCUUCUUCCCCCAGCUCUAGCUUCUGUGGACCCUGCUUCUCCAGUAAAUGACCUUUGAGGAAAACUAACCAGUUCUUGCAACUCUUAAAAUCAUGGCUCAUCAUUUGGUGAUGUUCAGAGAUGUGGCUGUAGACUUUUCUCAGGACGAGUGGGAAUGCCUGAACUCAUAUCAGAGGAAUUUGUACAGAGAUGUGAUAUUAGAGAACUAUAGCAACUUGGUGUCAGUGGCAGGGUGUUCCAUUUCUAAGCCAGAUGUGAUCACCCUACUAGAGCAAGGGAGAGAGCCCUGGAUGGUUGUGAGGGAUGAGAGAAGAAGAAGGACCCUAGAUUUAGAGUCCAGAUAUGACACUCAAAAGUUAUUUCAAGAAAAGGGUAUUUAUGAAAUGAAUUUAUCUCAGUGGGAGAUAAUGGGAAGAAUUAGAACUUGUGGCCUUGAAAACUCCUUUAUCAGAAAAGACUGUAAGUAUAAAAAGUUUGAGGAACAAGAGCAUCCUCAAGAGGUAUAUUUCCAGCAAGUGAAAAAAACCACCUCUGAAAAAAUGCCCACUUACAGAAAUCUCACAUCUCUCACUCUGUAUCAGAGUAUCCAUAACAGAGAGAAACCCUAUGAAUGUGGAGAUUGUGGGAAGGCCUUUAGAGUGCGCCAACAGCUUACUUUCCAUCAGAGAAUUCACACUGGUGAAAAACCCUACGAAUGUAAAGAUUGUGGAAAAGCCUUUAGACAGUGUGCCCACCUCAGUCGACAUCAGCGAAUUCAUACUUCUGACAAACUCCUUGAAUGUAAAAAAUGCGGGAAGAUCUUUACAUGUGGUGCAGAUCUUCGAGUACAUCAGAGAACUCAUAUUGGUGAGAAGCCCUAUGAAUGUAAGGAAUGUGGGAAGGCCUUCAGAGUGCGCGGCCAACUUACUCUGCAUCAGAGGAUUCAUACUGGUGAGAAGCCCUAUGAAUGUAAGGAGUGUGGGAAGACCUUUAGACAGUAUGCCCACCUUACACGACAUCAGAGACUCAAUAUUGCUGAGAAGUGCUAUGAAUGUAAGGACUGCGGGCAGGCUUUUUUGUGUAGUACAGGCCUUAGAGUACAUCACAAACUUCAUACUGGUGAGAAACCCUAUGAAUGCAAGGAAUGUGGAAAGGCCUUCAGAGUGCGGCAACAACUCACUCUCCAUCAGAGAAUUCACACAGGUGAGAAACCCUAUGAUUGUAAAGAAUGUGGAAAGACGUUUAGUCGCGGUUAUCACCUGACUCUCCAUCAGAGAAUUCAUACUGGUGAGAAACCUUACGAAUGUAAGGAGUGUCAGAAGUUCUUCCGUCGUUAUUCAGAACUCAUUUCACAUCAGGGUAUUCAUAUUGGAGAGAAACCUUACGAUUGUAAGGAAUGUGGGAAGACCUUUAGACUGUUCUCACAACUUACUCAACAUCAGAGUAUUCAUUUUGGUGAGAAACCUUACAAAUGUAAGGAAUGUGAGAAGACUUUUAGACUGCUGUCACAACUUACUCAGCAUCAGAGUAUUCACACUGGUGAGAAACCCUAUGACUGUAAGGAAUGUGGGAAGGCCUUUAGACUUCAUUCAUCACUUAUUCAACAUCAGAGAAUCCAUUCUGGUGAAAAACCAUACAAAUGUAAGGAAUGUAAAAAGGCAUUUAGACAGCAUUCACAUCUUACUUACCAUCAACGAAUUCAUAAUGUAACUAAAUAAUUUAGGAAAACCUUCCACUGUGAAUUUUGUGUUAAGGGGCAUUAGAAAACAAAUUCUAGGGGAAAAGUUUUUGAAUAUAGGAGUCCCUUUUGCUUCAUGCUUACAGCUAAACUAAGUAGGUCUUAUUUGAAGGAAAGGAUAUAUUAAUUUCAUGAAUUUUUAGAAGCCUUUUCUCAUCAUUAAAACCCAUGUUAAACUUUGGGAAAUGUGUUCUAGAAAGAAACUCUUGUUAAAGGAGUGAAUAUAGAAAAGCUUUUUAAUCUUACUUAUUAUCACCUCAAUUUUUCCCAUCUGUAUAAUAUACCAAUGAAGGUUGCUAGGGCACUAACUCAUUCCAGAAACUGAUAAUUGAAAGGAAAAUCAUUUAGCCUGCAUUUCCUGUUGAACUGUAUUUUAGAGCAGUUAGAAGUUGAUAAGCUAAAGUUUUUCAUUAGAGAAUUUUGUACUACAUAAUGAAAGAAUAGAUCUAGGCAUGAUUCUUGGUGGAGGUUAAGACCAGUAGUACCCACUGAUCAAUUUUAAUCUCAAAAUAGGACAAAGCAUUUUGUGUCCCCUAAUGAGUUACAAUAGGACAUACACAUAUUGCCAAAAAUAUUGAACUUGAAUCUAAGCAUCAAGAGCUAACUCCCAGUUUAGGGAAAAUUCAGGGAACAGAAGAACAUGAAGAAGAAGCAAUGAAACAAAUUUAAAAUGUGGGUAAUUCUACAAGCGGAAUGACCUGGCUUCUCAAUCAAUAAAAUGGCAUUGAUAAAAGGGAGGUGGAACUCUUAAAUUUUAAGAGUCUGAAGAAAUGUCUAUCAAUCAAAUGCAGUGAAUUAGAUCACAAGUUGAACAAACAUGUAAAAAGGACAUUUUUAUGACAAUUGGGGAAAUGGGAAUAUUGACAGAUAAUAAGAAAUAUAUGUUUUUGUUAGGUGUUUUAAUAGCAUCGUGGUGAUAUACAAAUGUUAGAGGUAAGUUUAUACACAUAAGAUGGUAUGAUGUCUGGAACUUUUUAAAAAUGCUCACGCAAAAGAACAUGAAGGAUGGGUAACUUAAGCUUGUUAAAGUGAUAGUAAGAGAAGUCUUGAGUACAUGGCUUUUGUAUAUUUUGUUUUUGCUAUUUACUUUUAUGUAUUUGAAUUUUUCCAUAAUAUUAUUUUAAAGACAAAACUAGCUAUGGAAUUAUAACCAAAUUGAAGUAAAUGAUUUUUUAAAUUACUACGUAUCAAAAUUUGUAGAUGUCAAAGUUCUGUACAUUGGGAUAUUAAAUAUGCUAUCCUGUAUUUGGGAAAUACAGAUAGAAGAUCCAAAUUUUAUCUAGUCCACCUAUUGCUACCUCUGUUAUCAUGCCUAUCCUAUGGUACUUCAUAUAUUUAAGAAAUGAAUUUAAAAAGCAAUUACUACAACUAACUAUGGAAAUUAAUGGACUAGACCUUCAUUGUUGAGUAAGAUAGGUGCAAGCAACAUGCUGAGCACUCAACAUUGAGCACUUGAAUUGCGGCUAGUUCAAAUUAAAAUGGUGUUGGGGGGCGCCUGGGUGGCUCAGUCGGUUGAGCGUCUGGCUUCGGCUCAGGGCAUAAUCUC